AGUCUCUCCCUCUGUUCUCUCUGGCUGUGUGUGUAUAAAAUCACUCGCAGUCUGACAGCGUUUCAGUAACCUGUGCCACGCACAGAGCGGGAUGUACUUACUAACCAUCUGCUUGCAUGGCACGGGUUAACUGAGCCUGUGGGAUUGUGCUUACCUAAACAAAACCACUGCAGUGAGGGGAAAAACAAUGAAUGGGUGGAGAUGAUCAGCCCAUGCAUUCCAGCUAGUGCAGUCCAGGCAGCAAUGACAGCCUGAAGGUUGCAGCAGCAUCGGGACCGGCAUUCCAAGUGCACUGAUCUUACAGUCUGGAGUGAUUUUGUGUGGAGCUGCUCUUUAUUUGCUGAGCCAUGGCCAGUAACCAGGCCAGCCUGCAGGAUGAUCAAAGCAGGCACUGCAAGUUCUUAUCCUAUAUGUUCUACCAGGCUGUGAGAGAUCACAAGCCUGUGUGGAUGCUGGAAGACAUGAGAACUAUGGAAUAUUUUUACUGGGAGGAAAAUGCCAGCCUACGAACCUACUCACCUUCAGAAGCCCUUCUCUAUGCAGUGGUGCAUAAUCACCUGCCUUAUGCUCAGUAUCUGCUGUCUCAUUUUCCAGAGGAGGCUCUCAAGGUGCCUGGGGAACACUUCUGCUAUUGCCCAUCCUCUGCUCCUCAUUUGGCCAUGGCGGUCACAUAUGACAGGAGAGAUAUCUUGGGACUGAUCAUCAAAAUUGCACACAAGCUCCCCAGCUUGAACUCCUACAUCAAUAGGGCUGGCUGCUUUCAUCUGGAAGAUGGGAAAACCCCCCUGCACCUUGCCUGUGAACUGCUGAGGUCAGAGACGGUCCUCAUCCUCCUUGGGAAUGGAGCCUCUCCCAGGAUAGAGGACAGUAAAGGGCUUACCCCUCUGGACGUCAUCCUGGAGCAGAUGUGGGACUCCAAAGUCAAUGUUGCAUCAAAGAAGCUCUGCCUCGACUACCUCUUGCUCUUCAUGCCCAACCCACAGUUUAAGAUGCGGAAAGUUCUGCAGGAGCAUCCAGACCACUGGACAGCUUUGCUGGGAGAAGACAAAUUCAACAGCCUGGUGGGGAACACACCUGCUUCUUUAUAUCUGCAAGCUAUGCAAACUAUUCUUCAGACUCUUCCCCCUUCUCACUUCCCUAAAAGCAUCCAGGAACUACCUAUACCUCAGGCACUAAAGCCCUUACCAUCCUAUGGCAAAAAGCUACCGACAAAAAAUGUGUGCUGCCUGAAAGGCCAGUCUUGCCUGGCUAUUGUCUGCUUCCCUGCAUGGCUCCCUGCGCUUUGGCAGUCAGUCCUCAAAUCGCCACAGCUUUGAAGUGGAUCCGUCUUCCAAAGAGAGACCUUUUCUUCCACCUUCCCUCAUCAUCAGUCGCACAUGAGCCCUGUGGGGCUUUUGAGCUGGAAUACCACCGUUUAUCAGAAGCGAAAAUAAAGACUGCAACUCAUAAAACGAAGGACACUCAGCUGGGCAAGGCAGGAUGGGAAUAAAAAGGGAUUAUCGACAGCCCGCCCUUCGCCCAGGCAUGCCCUGGCUUGUCGGCUGCCAGAGCUGCGGCGCAGGGGGAGCGAAAAACAGCUGCUCACACCUGUGCCGCUGCUACCGGCGAUCAUUUCCACGCACCGCCUUUGUCUUGUUUGGGGUUUGUUUGUUUGUUUGUUUUUGUUUUUAUUUUUUACGACUCUGCUCACACUUCCCAGAGCGAAGGGCACCCCCAGGGCUCCCGAGGGCCGGGCCUGGGCCGCGGUGCCGCCGCCGGCCGCGAGAUGGCGCCGUCGCCCUUCGGCCGCCGUGAGGGCCCGGGGGCCGGGAGGGCGCCGCGAAACGUGGAACGUGUGAAAGUUCUCCUAGGAAAGGGUGUUCUCUGCACACUUUCAAGCCUAAUGAACAAGAACAACAGCAACAACAACAAAAGAUAUUUAAUCUUUGAAACAGAGAGCUGCUGGGAAGUAAGCUCUGAGUGAUGUCCGGGUGUUAGAAAGACAAAUUACUUGUUGGUGAAAUUGCCUUCUUAAGGUUUAGGGCCUCGACAUGUUUCAGACCGAGGGGAGGUUAACUGAGCCUGGGGAGAAGGGUGUACCACUGAUAGUGGGCACGAAGAAUGCAGAGUUUACAGGCCACCAGGACAUUUGGCAGAACUUCCCAGGCAAGGAAGAAAACUAAUAAAGACAACUCAGCAACUGUGCUGCAUCAGCUCUGACUGGGUAAAAGGUAAUUCUGGCAGGGGGAGAUCGCGACCACUGACUCAUGAACCACCAACCCAAGAAAGCCACCAACCCGAAAGAGGAGGAAGACUGAGCAUGCAGACUAAUUAGCAUGAGAAGCAAGAGAACCAUUAACCAGUAGAAGAUAGAAUACUGAUUAAUAAAAGAACUAUGUAACUUGUAACCAAUGAACAUUAAUGCCUUGGACUGCCAAAAUGUAGAAAUAAUAAAAAGUUUUAAUAAUUGGCUUGCUUGA